AAGAGACAAAGAAAAGCUCGGAAACGGGGCCUGUGCAGCUAGCGCACGAGGCCUGGCAAGCAGCGCAUGAAUCGCAUAGAGAAGCUCAAUAAUGCUCAACUGACUGCCAAGGAUUCUGAGUCCUGGCACAAUGACUACAAAGACAGCGCUUAUAUUUACAUUGGCGGCUUGCCUUAUACGCUGACAGAGGGCGAUAUCGUCUGCAUCUUUUCGCAGUACGGCGAGCCGCUCGAUGUGAAUCUUCUACGGGACAAGCAGACUGGCAAGAGCAAAGGUUUUGCCUUUCUCCGGUAUGCAGACCAACGUUCGACUGUGUUGGCAGUGGACAACUUGACAGGCGCAUCUGUGCUUGGCCGAACGCUACGUGUGGAUCACUGCAGUAACUACAAGCAGCCCAAGGGAGAAGGAUCGCAGGCUGAUUGGGAGCAAGAUCCACGAGCUGCGAUGAAUGUUGCACCGCCAGCUGUUUCUUUGUCUGAGGAGCAAAACGAGCCUGCACAAAAGGAACAAGACUUUACAGCUGGCAUUGAUCCUGAAGAUCCUAUGUUUGAGUAUUUAGUGCAGCAGCGAAAAGAAGAAGCUGCAGCGGCUGUCUCUGCAAAGAAGGACAAAGGCAAAAGGUCCCAUCGCGAGCGGUUUGAACGGCACCGUCAUCACCAUCGCCGCAGACGCUCACGUUCUCAGUCUCAUUCUCGCUCUCGCUCUCCAAAGAGAUAA